AUGAUUGUACAAGUACAAGCUGUUUUUUUAGUUUUUAAGUAGGGGCCGCUCUAAAGGCAGCAGCGGCUUUUAAUUUCAACAGUAGCAGUAGCAGCAGCAUAAAUCUAACAACUAAUGCCGAUACACAUUAACUAUAAAACUAAAAAAAUUGAUUUGAUUACCAUUUUAGGAAAUAGUUAAUUGAAAAAAAGUGUUAUUUAUCAAAAAAGAAUUAAAGCAAAAGUGUGAAAAAUUAUUAUUAAAGAAAAGACAACAGUGGCAGUGUGUUUUAAAAAGGGCUACUAACAAAUUUUGCAACAUUGCUAAAUUUGCUGAUAUAAUUAUAACAACCCUGGGUGACAUCACUGAAUAGCAACAACAACAACAACUACAAAGAGAACUAUUAAAAAGAGAAACAAACACAAUUCGCCGCCAUUUUUUUGUGAUUGCAAUUUGUCAGUUGAAUUUUCGAAUUAAGAGCGAAUUUAUUACUGUGUAUUUGUUGCCUUUUGCUUACAACUACAGCAACAUUAUUUUAGUUAAGACUUGGAAUUAUUAUUUGUUGUGUUUUAAUAACGCCACAGCUCUGCAGCUGUUUUGUUUUUUUAUUUUUUAAUUUUAUAUUAACCAACAAAAGCUUUGUGAGUAAUCAUCUUAACGGUUUGGAAAAAAAUCUUUAACUUAAAAUUAAUUAAAAAAAUAUUUUGUAUGGAAAUAAAAAAACAACAACGAGUAUAGUGAAGUGAAAACCCCCACACACAAAUUACAAAAGCAAAAAAAAUAAAAAAAAGCAAAAACAAAAAGCAUUAUUACAAUUAAGGAGGAGACAUACGGUGAAAGAUUGGGGGAAAAAAACACGAAACUGUCAAAUAUAGAAAAAUUUGCGACAAGAAGGAAGUGUUUUAAAAGUGGAAGCAAGAAAUUGAAGUUUUAAUAAGAAAAUUAACGAAAGUUCAAAAUUAUUUGAGAAAUUUACUUGAAAAAUAGAAAAUUAUAACAAAAGAAACUUCAAUUACAAGAAAUUUCCCAAGAAAAAGAAAAAAGUUUUUUUGGGAACAAUUACUAACACCUCUGCAGGCAGCAAAUAACCAACAACAACGAAAGCGUUUGUGUGUGUGUGUGCGUAUAAAUCUUGGAGCUGUAAACGCUAACAGAGAUUUUUGCUGCUCCGGCUGACUGCUUGCUGCUGAAACGUGUAAGCUGGUUGCCAUUCAACUGAACCUACGCCAAAAACUAUACAAAACCAACAACAACAACUAAGAAAAACAAAAAAACAACAACUCCCACUAUGGAAUACAUUUCAAUUGGAAAAAGUGUCAAUAUAAAACGUACCGACGGCCGUGUACAUUCCGCGGUCGUCUCCAAAAUCAAUGAGUCGGGCAAAUCCAUCACCGUAGAAUGGUAUGAACGCGGCGAGACCAAAGGCAAGGAGGUGGAACUUGAUGCCAUUCUACUACUCAAUCCCGAAAUACUCGAGCAGGCCGAACAAGAGGAGCCUUUGCAUACCGCUCCGGAACCCAAAAAAGUAGCCACUGCUCCCAUAAAUCUUUCACGUAAUGCUACCCAGGGGGCUAUAGGUCAUCGUACCAAUCGUGCCACUAUCAAUUCCUCCAAUAUUUUGUCCUCCGCCUCAGUGGCUGAGCAUGUCGAAAAUAUACCUCCGCAAGCCCUACCACCACCCACUACCGGCAUAGUACGUUCUCGCACCACCAAUAAUGCCUCGCGCCUAGCCUCGGCCUCUAAUUUGGGUGGUGGUGGCCUUACCAAUACCUCCUCUAUAGGCAAUACUUCUUCAUAUGGUGGUGGCGGUGGUGGUGCUGUUAGUGCCGCUAAUAAUGCCUCCAAUUCCAUAGCCACUGGCAAUGUUGGUGCUCGUCGCUCCUAUGUGGUCAAAGAGGUUGAACGUCUUAAGGAGAAUCGUGAAAAACGUCGUGCCCGCCAAGCUGAGAUUAAAGAAGAGAAAAAUGCCUUAAUGAAUCAAGAUCCCGGUAAUCCCAAUUGGGAAACCGCCCAAAUGAUACGCGAAUAUCAAUCUACCCUGGAAUUUAAUCCAUUAAUUGAUGGCCAGGCCGUCGAAGAUCAUCAAAUUACCGUUUGUGUACGUAAGCGACCAUUAUCACGCAAAGAGUUAAAUCGUAAAGAAAUUGAUGUGAUUUCGGUGCCACGCAAGGAUACGCUUAUUGUUCAUGAGCCGCGUAAUAAAGUGGAUUUAACAAAAUUUCUGGAAAAUCAUAAAUUUCGUUUUGACUAUGCCUUCGAUGAUCGCUGUGACAAUGCUAUGGUUUACAAGUGA